CCCACAUAGCAACAGUCCUCCCUUGUUUGGGAUGUAGGUUCGCCGCUGGAGAAACUGUUAGAGCCGUUUAAUGUUGGCUGUACACUUUAUUAAGCGGGGUCUUUAAAAAUGUGCUAUUAACAUUCUGCAUAAUGAAGCGGAUUAUGGCGUCUCCAGCGUGUUGAUGUUCGUGUGGUAACCUGGCAACCCGCAUAGCAACAAAGUCCUGUUCAGAGCGUAAAUUAGCUUAGCUGUUAGCUCUUAGCUGCUGAAACUGCGGUGAUACUCGGCCGUGUUUGAUAAUUGUGCAGUGAAUGAACUAUGGAAGAGGAGCAGCUGAAGCACCGUUUGCCCCCAUCGUGCCUCUUCUUGGAAAGAACUUUGGCUCUCAUCAAGCCAGACGCUGUUGAUAAGGCAGAGGAAAUUGAGGACGUCAUUCUACAGUCUGGCUUUACCAUUUUGCAGAAACGGAAGCUUCAGCUGAGUCCGGAGCAGUGCAGUGACUUCUAUGCUGAGCAGUAUGGAAAACUGUUUUUUCCGAGUCUGACAGCCUUCAUGAGUUCUGGUCCAGUCGUCGCCCUCGCAUUGGCCAGGCAUCAGGCCAUAUCCACCUGGAAAGCCUUGAUGGGACCAGCUAACAGUACCAAGGCCAAAGAGACGCAUCCUGACAGUCUAAGAGCAAAAUACGGGACAUCUGACUUGAGGAAUGCAGUGCAUGGCAGUGAAACAUUCUCAGCAGCUGAAAGAGAGCUCAGAUUCAUGUUUCCCAACUCCGUGAUUGAACCUAUUCCAAUGGGUGAGGCUGCGAAAGAUUACCUGAGCAGGUUUAUUACCCCAACACUACUUCUCGGCCUUACUGAGCUGUGCAGGACAAAACCAGCCGACGCCUUGAUAUGGCUGGCUGACUGGCUGAUGUCAAAUAACCCAAACAAACCUAAAGUAACUGUUGUUCAGGAUGCUCCAUGAUCCAGAGGCAAGCUUGCAUUACGUUGGGAAAAACUGGCCUUAUGAGUUUUCCAGGAGUAAUCCAAAUCAUUUUUGCAUUGAGUGCUGACAAAAACGCUUGAAAAAUAUAAAAUUAAAAAUAAACUGUUUUUUGGGAAAUCAUUUGUCUCUGAAAUUUAAUUUAUUGUGUUCAUGAAAUUAGUUAAUCUGUAUUGCAUUCUGACUGUUUUAAAUGACAAAAGUGUAAACCAGGAGUUGUGGUGGGCUGAGGGCCAAAAAGACAAGGCAUCACAC